AUGGCGUUCCCCGAGGCCAACAACACAGACUCCCUUGCGCUCGGUUUGCGCUUGGGCCUGGCAUCGCCCGAGUCCGUCCACGGGAAGCACGAGGAAGCAAAGGUCGCCUUCAACAAAUUCGUCGAUGCGCGGUACAAAGAUGGCUCAAGUGCAUACUCUGAAGUUGGGGUGCUCCUGGUGUGCUGGACCGACGACGACCUGGACGUGAAGGCCGAGGUUGACAUGCUCAAGCAAGUCUUCGACGAGCAAUUCCGCUUCUACACCGAAGUCUACAAGAUUCCGAGCGAGGAUUCCGCAGCAAAGUUACGCGCAAAGAUGCAGCGCUGGGCCCAUAAGUUUGAGGGCGCCCAGAAGCUAAGCAUCAUCUACUACGCCGGCCACGGUAGCCAGGUCGAUGGAAAUUCCACAGAUUUGGCGAUACACGGGACUCGCCAGGAAACAAAAGCGAACACGUUCUUCAACUCGUCAUUCCAACCGUUGAACUUGACGGACACGGACUGUUUGCUGAUCCUCGACUGCUGUUUCGCUGCCGCAAGCUUUUCUCGAGGCGAAAUCGGCCGGAGGAAGUUUGAGCUCCUUUGCUCCGUGGCUCCCAGCGAACUGGCUUACGGCCCCAAAAACGCCAGUUCCUUCACCAAGGUUCUCUGCGCUGCUCUUGAGGAUUUGCUGGUAGAGCACCCAUCGCAAGGCUUCUCCACCUCGGAGCUGUACAGAAAACUUUACCACAAAUCUAUCCGGACCAAGAAGCCCUUCUUGUUCGACCAAUCGUCCAAGAACUUCGGCUGGAUUUACCUUCGCCCCUUCUACUACGGGCCAGAAGCAAAACAGGAAAACAUAGCUGUCGAACUACGCUUGGAAAUGUCUAGAAUGCCCGCGGAACCGGAGAUGAAGGAGUUGGCGGCUCACAUGCAAUAUCUUCCACUUGUGAAGAAGCUGAAGUUCCAGCAUUUGCACGCCCCAGACCACAUUCUUCAGGAGUUUUUCGACGAUUUGAUCAGGCGGCAGAGAAUCAGGCCGUUCAUCAGGACUCUUCGCCAGCGAGUCGCCAUGAGGCGCAACAAGGCCUUCGGCUUGCCCGAUACCGAAGAGGAAAAGCGAGUCGCUCGUGACGACGUCAUCGACUUGUACGACUGGGGAGUCGAGUCAGAACAUAUCCCGCCCCGUGGGCCGGUUCGGCGUGCAAGCAUGCAUUACAAAAAGGGUCUUUCCAGACAAACGACCGCCGUCGACAGCAGUGCCAAUGACGACAAUUGCAUCGAAUACGAGGAUACUUCUCCAACUAAAAACACCGUGUUCUUCGCAGUCUCGCUCACGACAGCUCUCAAUUCCCCGGUACUGAGGGCAAGGCGAAAGUAUGCGGAACUCUCGCCCAUCAAACAUCUCCUCGAGUUUUCCGUUACGUUUUUAAUCCUUUCCUUGGAAAUGAUGUUGCGCUGGUGUAAUGCGAUUUGCGAGUGGGCGCGGCAGUCCCGAAGACAACGAGACUAG